GUCGCUGUCACCUCAACGCGGAAGACGAUCAAGACGCAGGAGGGAAGGAAAUGAUCCGAUCCACGUCAAUGAAGUGGAACAACGUCGUUAUCGUGCACUGAUACCUCCACACCAGCAUCAUCACACAACCGACGUCCCCCGUUUCACGGAUCCGUUUCGAGGCUCCACACAGCCCCUAUGAGCCGAGCCGGAGAGACGCUGGGAAUCCGUUGAAAGACUACCCCACCACCGCCUCAGCCUAUCGAUGGGUGAAUCCAGCUCACGCCGCUCCACGCUGGUCUCCCGCCUGCCCAUCUUCCGCCGGAGCAACAGCAAGCGGCAAGACUCGCUGCCGUCGUCCCCAUCUUCAGGCGGCAACUGCGUGCACACGUCAUCUCCCUCCAGCACAAACUCCAGCUCGGGGAGCACUGGCAAAAGGCGGAGCCUCUUUCGCGCGCCCUCGCUCAGUUUUUCGGCCAAGCGGAGCCACCAGCCUAGCGUCCAGCCCGUCAAUUUGAACCUCACGCCGGCGCAGACCACUGACGCCAACGGGAACAGCCAGCAGUCGGCGGGAGCGAGCGAUGCUCACCCUAAAUCGCGACACACGUUCGGCUUCGGGAGCCACCGGCAGAAGAAAAUCACGCGCUCUCAAACGGAGGAUUUUGACAAGGCGUCGGCGUCCUCAUCCUCGACCAAUCGGAAUGUCUUCAUCAAUUGCCUCGGCGGCUCGGCGGUCAACGAGGGCGAUGACUCGGGCUUCAUCGAAGAUUACGGGAACGGUAGCAGGCGCUCGUCACGACACAAAAAGCACCUGCUUCCCAAGUCCCUCUCGGCGCACCACCGCUUCUCUCACCACAAACCACCGGGGGACAAUCAGGAGUGUGUUGUCGUCACGCCGGGGGCCGGGGGGCUCACCCCAGGGUCUUGUCCGAGCGAUGGUGGCCUGGAGAGCUCCCUCCAGUCUCCCAUGGUAUCAGAGGACCGCACCACGGCCAUCACCCCUUCUGAGUUCAUCCCCAUCACAGAGGACUCCAUCUCUGAGGCUGAAGCUCUACCAGCUACCAGUCCUGGACCCACACUGACCACCGACACUGCCUCAGCUGAGGGUCCAUCUGGCCCAGAGACAUUCAUCUCCUCCUCCCAGGUUUUCUUCACGCCGGCUCCAUCUGGCACUGAGAAUCCGUUGGUUCCCGAGACCAGCACGGCCAACAACACAGACUACGAGACGGCCGUCUCCCUCUCUGAACCUGAGACGGCCGUACCCCGUCCGGCUCCGCGGGAACUUUCGCCGGACAAGCGGGAGGAGCGCAAGGAAGAGAGAGAGGAGGCCGGGACGGAGACGCCGGGACAGGAGCCGGUCAAUGCCGAAAUUACCAGCGAGAGCGAGGCGGGAGCGCCGAGAAGCGACGGCUGCCGCUCGUACACGGAACAGACGGAGAGGAAGGCGCGACACACUCUGUCGGUUCACGAGAGAGGGAACUUUUGCGGCUGUCGUGAACCCAGGUCCUGUCACUUAAGAAAGCCGCACACAGCCUCGCUGUGCAGCAGUGUCAGCCCCUACCAUGAGGUGAUGCGUUUGGAGCGGCGUUUGCGUUCCUCCUCGGAAGGGGCCGGCGGUCCUCGUAUCCACGGCAUGGAAGGAUGCGGCCUGCUGAAACACAGAAACAACUCCUCAUCAUCCAAAUUGGGAAGUUUGGAUGUUCUGAAUAAUAUGGGCUCCUCCGAGCUGGAUGAAGAUGACCUCAUGUUGGACCUGGACCUAUCUGACGAUCAGCGCCAUCGUCACGUUUCCAGACAAGACUCUAGCCAGUCCUUGGCAUCUUGUCUCAACCUGCUCCACUCCCCGAUUGACCCAUCAGGAGAUCGCAUCCUAUCAAAAGACAACAGCCACAGGGAGCCUCGACGUCCGACAAGUCUGCUGCCGGCCGACUGCAGCUCGGCUCCGCUUCUGGGUAAGGAAGACGAGCCCUUGCCCCCCGGAGGGGAGGUCCUCCCCCUGCGGCUGAUGCAGCAGGACUGCACCGCUGUCAAGACCCUACUUUUGAGGCUGAGGCGCACCCUACAGGAGAGCACAGAGACAAGUCCUGCCAGCAGUCUUCAGUCCCUACCCAUUAGCCCCUGCAGUGAAAAAUCCCUUCCAUUGAAGGACUGGAGCAGAGAGGAGACGUUGCUGCAGCAACUAAAGGAGAAAGACGAGCUGAUUUUCCGACUGCAGAGUGAACUGGAGAGUGCCAAAGCCGCCCUGAAGAUAAAAGACUGCCACGUGAGCGACCGUGCCACACAGACGGAGCACAUGGGGCCAGAAGCCAACAACCAUCCAGGGCGGUUGUCAGGACCAGGCAGCAGCAGCAGCAGCAGCAGCAGCAGCCAGCCCCUAAAGGAGCGAAGGGCAGUGCGGGCCGGGGGUGCGCCGCCCCCUCCGCCGCUCGCAGGGGACCUCGCUAAUGUCUCCCAGCUCCCACCAGCUCUUGGUUCAGCCAGGGAGGAGAAUCACUGCCACCCCCCUACUGGUAACCUGAACACGGCCCAGCGUUCUUCCAUCGCCGCCGCCCAGCCUCAGCUUCCCCGCGCAAUACCGUUUUUGACCAGCGGGCAGCCCGAGAGGGUGUCGUCCUCCUCCGAGUCCAUAAGCGGAAGCUUGGCGUCCCGCAAAGGGGAGUCUCACCACCCCAGCCUCAUCCCCCGAGCGGCGGGCACCUCCUCGUCCAGCCUCUACGGCCUGGCCAGCAGGGAGAGCGUCUCGUCUUCAGGCCUCCCCUCCCCCCCGACUCCUUCCUCCACUUCCUCGUCCUCCUCCUCUUCCUCACCCUUCACGGGACGCCUGGGGCAACCGCCCCGGGGCCCGCUGUCCCUGCACAGCUACUCUCGUAAAAACGUCUUCCUCCAGCACUCCCUGCACACCGCUGACCUCCAGGCGCUCACGCAGAGAGACACUUGAUCGCCAGCGGACAUUUUGUUUCCUCUUUUCACAAAGCCGUAGAAGAGAACAAGAAACGGUGCACAAAUUCAACGGAACGCUCCAAACAAUUGUCUUGGAUGUAUCUUCUCUGACAUUUUGUUUACGCUCACGACACACAACGCCUCUUUCGUUGCUCAUCUCCCAAAGUCAACAAGAAAGAUAACAAUUGGGACAAAAAAAAAUCACCUGACACACCGACACACACGCAACACUUGCAGGUGCUCUUCCCGUGAAGUCGGAAAAGAAAACAAGAAAUAGAGCCACGCGGAUCAACCUUAGCUGACAAUUUGUUCAUCCAGACACACACACACACACACGGGUGGUCUUCUUUAAUGAUAUUGCAAAAGAAAACAGCACAUUGGCAAAAUUCUCUUGAAAACAACCAAGUUCGAUGAAACUUCUCUGACAUUUUGUUCAAAUACUCUCACACAAAGAUGCACUCACGCACGCACGCACACACACACGGACACGCCAUGUGUCAGAGCUCCCACAUGGUGUCAUGUCGACAGUUUAGAUGUGCUUACACCCACGUGUGCACCCUACAAAGUACACACCAAAACCUACAGUCAUAGACAGCUCACGGGAAACAAGAUGAACCUCAACGUGAAAUGGUGUUUUUUUUUUCCCCUGAAUGUUAUGAUUAUGACUUCAAAUCCUUGAUUUGAACCUUUCUGCUGCUGGAUGCAAUGGGGACUGACUGUCGCACGUGCUUUGCAGGGAUACUCGCCAAUGCUGCCAAAAUGAACGCAUCACUUCCUGCACACCUUCCUUCCUUCCUUCCUUCCUUCCUUCCUUCCUUCCUUCCUUCCUUCCUUCCUUCCUUCCUUCCUUCCUUCCUUCCUUCCUUCCUUCCUUCCUUCCUUCCUUCCUUCCUUCCUUCCUUCCUUCCUUCCUUCCUUCCUUCCUUCCUUCCUUCCUUCCUUCCUUCCUUCCUUCCUUCCUUCCUUCCUUCCUUCCAUCCAUCCAUCCAUCCAUCCAUCCAUCCAUCCAUCCGUCCAUCCGUCCAUCCAUCCAUCCAUCCAUCCAUCCGUCUCCUUCCUUCCAUCCAUCCAUCCGUCUCCUUCCUUCCAUCCAUCCAGUGUGUGCUGAAUGGUGACGUUUAAAGGGACAAUUAAAAGGUGAGCUUCAUAAAUCUGUUAACAAAAAUCAACUGCUAAAUUUUUCAAAAAGGGAACUUCACGUCUACGGCCCAUGUGAGCUUUCUAUCCAAAUUUUUAAAUUUGAACUUAUGGACAGAGGUCUCUGUUUAUGUCAGACCCGUCGUAUAAACUGAAUCUGUGAUUUUGUACAAUCUAUUAUGAUUUUAGUACAGCUUUAGCAUGGGGUAGUGAUAGUCUAUUAGCAUCCUAACUUAGAGUUUCGUCAUCAAGGUUGGGAUGGAGGACUUAACCGAAAUCAUCCCUGGUGUGAAAAGGGUUCCCCGUCCCCCAUCUUAACUCCUAAAAGCUACAGAAUUGGUUUUCAUUUUCAAGCAAGGGGCAGGACGGUGGUAAAGAGGUUAUCAUGUCUGCCUCACAAUUCUGAAGUUCUGGGUUGAAAUCCCUCCUGUGUGGAAUUUGCAUGUUAUCUCAAAGGUUGUGGGGUUUUACUACAACUCACACCCCCUUUUAAAAAAAGAAAAAAACAUGCAUGUUAUAUCCAUUGAAGGCUUUAAAUGAUCCAUUAAUGUAAAUGCGAAUGCUUGUUUGUCUAUACAGGAUGUACCCUGCCAAUGGCUGACUAUCAGUGUAACGGUGCAAGGAUACAUUCUCAUAUUUAAAAUUCCAAUAACUUUGUUGCUAAUUAUUCAUUUGAAAAUAUUGAAACAUUUAAGACAGAAAGCGAAAAAAAAAGAAGCUACUGAAAAGUUGCAUGGAUCACCUCAUUGGUGUCAUCAUAUCUAAACGCAAGCACUUCAAGGAUGUCAGAAAUUGUAGAAACAAUGAGCACUUUUUGUACAUUUUGAAUUCAAGUGUAGAUAAAGUUGAUCAACUCAGUUGUCCUAAAACGAUUAAGACAUUUGUCAUGAACAUUUUAUUUAUAUUUGCAUUAUUAAAGGUGCUCCCAAAGUGGAACCAAUGAGGUUGACCAAUGGUUGCACUGUAUUUGUGGUAUGAGCGUAGUCACGCAGGUUUUGUGCUUUUCCACAAAAUCUAAUUGGGUUUCUGAAAGAGGUCACAUCCAAUUGUUCUGUCCCCAACUUAAAACCUCGUUAGUAUGGAUCCAUUUUUACAUUAAGAGUCAGAGUAAAAGGUUACACACAAGGUUGCUGCUGCCAGCUAUUUUGUCUGGACGGUGUUUUGAUUGCUGCUGGGUGCCAGAUACCCGCCCCUUCCCGCCUCGCCCCCUUUUACCUCAACCCCUUCUCUGACUUCAAACCUCAAUCUUGCUAAUCACACUCACAAUCACAACCUACCAUAUUGACAUUCCAUCUCAUUGAAGACUCAACAUUCUCACGUCACAAUUUUAUUUGUAUUUUAUUUUUCAUUGCCUUAUUUAUGUUUACCGCCAUAGCGAAUACAAUGAACAAUCACGUGGUGGAACGGACAUGAAGAACUCUGAUGUUCCUAAUAUGAAUGAAAAAAAAUCUAAUAUAUUAUUCGAGCUUUUGAAAUAAUGCUGAUUUUGAAUGCUUUUUUUCUCGUAAAUCUUUGUUCUGGAAUCAACGUUUGAUUUGUAAAUGAACUGUUCAUGUACAUACAGUAUGAUUCUUAUGUGAACGUGUGAACAAACAUCCGUCCACCGGCCAACUAGAGUAGACAUAACCAUUCAAAAAAAAAAAAAAAAAUACAAUCAUUACAAAUAAUAGUGUAUGUACUCGGACUUCUGAAAGCCUUUGCACUUUAGCUCAGUGCGACCUCAAAACACUCAAUCCAUUAAAACAUAAAGCUAUAAAAGUUUGGAAAUGUGCAUUUUAAAGAUUGUCAAUACUUGCAAGUAUUAUACUAUUGGAAAGUAUUUUUUGUACUCCCCUUUGAAAUGACACCCCAUGCCCACCAUUCAAUUCACAAAAGUCCCACAGCAGUGUGCCCUGCCCGACUGGAAUGCCUCUUUAUUUCCCAUUGAAUAGAGUCCCAUUUGGAAGCACUAUUGAGAGGAUUAUGUCUUGCUUGUCAAACAUUGCUGUGGGUUGGAAUUUGUCCCACUUCUACUAAAGCAAGGUGAUCAGCACGCAUUGCACGGAUGCCAUCCCACAGCACCAUUUGACUAGCAUCACACACAGUAUUCAAUUGAGAUGAUAUUUCAGUGAAGGAACGUGCAUGUUAUGAUCACACUGCUGUGGGGUGGCAAAAUGGAGAACGUCCUGCUGGUCAUGCACCGCAUCAUUUCAAAGGGAAAUGUAUAGAUAUUUUUUCUCCUGAGAAGCUGUGGGAUGAGCAACACAAGUGCCAUCCCACAGAGGUGCGUGACCAGCAUGGCUUUCUCAAUAUUUAAAAUAAAACUGGCUUUCCAAUAGUAUAAUGUUUAUAGGCAAGAAGCAAAAUGAAAACAAAGAUUUCUAAACCUUUUGUUGUAUGUUUUCUUUCAGCUGCUACAUUCCAUUUGAUGUCGAAUUGCGGGUCUUUUAAACAUAUGUGAUACAUACGUGUCUGUUUAACGUCAUGAUGACUUCUUACAAAAUGAUCAGGUUUAUUUAAUUAUGUUGUAUUUUUGGGACUUGUUUUUGGCACCAUCAAUGUUUUGUCACCGGAUUUUUGCUUCGCUCUCUUUGUUCUGAUUAAUAUUUAAAGCCAUUAAAUCAAUGAAAAACACUUG